AUGAAUGUGCUGUCAAACCCCAUGAUUAGGGCCCAGGAGCAGCCUUUACCUCUAUGUGGCCCCGGGUCUGUCCAGGACUUACCCCACUGCCCCCCGGGCUUCAACCUCAGCUCCCGGCUGAAUCCUUCGCCCAUGCUUGGCCUCCAGGAUGGCCACAGAUCAACCAAACCUCAGAGGGAGCUGAGCCCUGAAGAGCAGCAGGAGCUCAGGAGGAAGAUCAACAGCCGGGAGAGGAAACGGAUGCAGGACCUGAACAUCGCCAUGGACGCCCUUCGCGAGGUCAUGGUGCCUUAUGCCUCCUCACCUUCUUCUGCUUCCCCCCUGCAGACCCACCAGGCAGGUGCUCCUCCAGGCCGUAGGCUCUCAAAAAUUUCCACCUUGGUCCUGGCCAGGAACUACAUCCUGCUCCUGGGUUCAUCUCUGCAGGAGAUGAGGCGGCUACUAGGGGAGGUGAGCGUCGGCAUGGGGGUGAACACAGGGCCGGUCCCCCGGUUGCUGCUCACAGGAGGGUGGCCCCUCAUCUCCGGCCCCAGUCAGCUCCUCCUCACCCAGGAGUCCCUCCUCACCUCAGCAGCCUCCUCAUCUUCUUCCUCCACUUCAUCAUCCCCUGCUGGUAAAUGUCCACUGCUGUCUCCGGGCCCAAUGGAGGCCUCACUGGCCCCUGUGCAGUGGAGCGCGGCAGGGCCCUCAGGAGGGCCCCUGUGCCCCUGUGGAGUCUGCAGACUGCCCAGAUUCAGUCACUCCGCUCCGGCUCCCAGAUUUCCAAAGUGA